AAACUCAACAACUCUUCCCUUGCUCGAUUCAACCUGUGCCUGGUGUCUCACGUCUCACAUGGCCCGCACUCGCUGCCCAGCUGAUCUAUGUUGUUUGGAUAGGACUAAGGACUAAACAGGGAAGAUGCUACUGAGAAGAGGAUUUUCCCGAUUCGCUAGAGAUCGAGGAACAACGACUGUCAUUGGAUUCAGAAAUCCAGCUAGGUGUGCCGGCACUGAGGCAGCAGUGAAAUCAGAUUCAAAAAAUGUUGACCAGAAGAAGAGAGAAAGAGGACAGUUUGAGGUUCCUCCUCCAAAAUAUUUUGCUGGGGCAGUCAAACCGUUGGAUCCAAAGGUCACGAAUUUGUAUGUUUUCCACCGUACUCACAACUGCGGCGAGUUGCGGAAGACGCAUUUAGGCCAGCAAGUGACUCUUUCUGGCUGGGUCCAGUUCCACCGAGUCAAGGCGAAAUUUAUGGUGUUGAGGGACAGUUACGGCAGUGUUCAGCUCAUAUUCUCAGAAGAAAAAGUUAAGCCAGAGUGGGACAUAGAAAACAUUUCCCUUGAAUCUGUGAUACAAGUCCAAGGAACAGUAUUGUGCCGACCAGAAGGACAGCAGAAUCCAAAUAUGCCUACAGGUGAUAUUGAAGUUGAGGUCGAAGAUUUUGAGCUUUUGAGCAAAGCGAAAAGUGAGCUGCCCAUUACUGUCAGAGAACAGGUCAAGAUUACAGAACUGAAUCGAAUGACCUACCGAUAUAUGGAUCUACGAUUUCCAGAAAUGCAGUCUCGGCUUAGGUUUAGAUCGACAAUUCUUUCUGAAAUGAGGAAAUUCCUUGGUGAAAAGUGUGGAUUUGUUGAAGUGGAAACGCCUACACUUUUCAAAAGAACUCCUGGGGGUGCCCAGGAGUUUAUUGUACCGUCACGUAUGCCUGGCAAGUGCUACACUCUGGUUCAGAGCCCGCAGCAGUUUAAGCAGUUACUGAUGGUUGGUGGCAUUGACCGCUACUUCCAGGUAGCAAGGUGUUAUCGGGAUGAGUCAGCAAGGCCAGACAGACAGUUGGAGUUCACACAGUUGGACAUAGAGCUUUCAUUCACAAAUCAACAAGGGGUUAUGGAUUUGGCGGAGGAUCUCAUUAGCCAAUGUUGGCGCUUGACUGUCCAGCCAGACUUGCCAGCUCACAGGUUCCCUGUUCUCAAAUAUGACAACGUUUUAAAUGAUUACGGCACAGAUAAACCAGACACUAGAUUUGAUAUGAAGAUAAAAAACAUUUUUGAGGUUAUUAAACUAAUUGUGGAUUCAUGCUCCCCCACCUUGAGAUCUAUUUUGACUGCGAAAGAUGGCACACUUGCUGCAAUAGUUGUUCCAAAAGGACAGAAUGCGUGGCCAAGCAAAAGUUCUUUAGCAAAGCUUGUGAAGGAUCAACUGCAGUUGUUCUCCAUUCCACUUUGGCUGAAAGGAUUUCAAGUCCCUGAUUGCUCUAGCUGGCCAAAUUUGGGAGAAAACGAACAAGUCGCCAAUGCAAUCAGGUCAAAACUUGGUCCCCUCAGCAACCCUGGUGACGUAAUUUUGAUCGCGGCAGGACCCAAGUUUGAAGCUCUGUCGUUGCUGGGCCGCCUGCGUGUUAUCGCCGCUGACGAACUGGAAAAAGCCACAGGUGUCGCAGUCCGAUGCCAAGGACCAAAUUUCUUGUGGAUUGUCGACUUCCCACUUUUUGAAUCUGGAGAGGAACCUGACACCUUGAAACCAACGCACCAUCCUUUCACACAGCCUCACCCUGAAGACGCCCACCUUUUAUUCACUGACCCUCUGAAGGUUAGAGGUCAGCACUACGAUUUGGUGCUUGAUGGAUGGGAAAUUGCUGGUGGCUCUGUACGGAUCCAUAAUUCUAGCAUACAGCGCCGCGUGCUCGGGGAACUUCUGAAAAUCAAGCCACAUUCUUUGCAUCACAUGCUGGAGGCCUUUGACAGCGGAUGCCCGCCCCAUGCUGGAAUCGCGUUUGGAAUUGAUAGACUGAUUGCCGUCGCCUGUGGUGCUCCAAGCAUCCGUGAUGUUAUCGCCUUUCCUAAAGCUGCUGGUGGCCGUGAUCCUAUGUCUGGCGCCCCUGUUGAUAUGACCAAGGAAGACCAGCUCCUCUACCAUAUCAACUGUCUACCCAAAGACUAAGCAUGCCACUCUGUGACAAAUUAAACCAACCAAUGAGUUCAUCAUUUUGCACUCAGGAUCAUUCUAUGAACAUUACAACUUUUUUGUCAGAUGGAUUGCAUAACCAUCAUUAAUUUAAUAGAGUCGCAUUACUUUUACUAAAUUGUAGCAAUUACAAUCCACUAUAAAUCUUGAGGUCAGAA